GUGCGAAAUUUAAAAGCUCCUCCCUGUAUUGCUACUGAAGUAACUUUCGAUUAGAACUUCAUCAGACCGCGAUUUUCCAAUUUCGAUGCACAUAUAAUUUAUGUUGUUGUUGUUCUGAUGUAUUUAUCCCUUUCUUCAUAAUGCCCUGGCAUCGAAAAGAGUCAAAUUUAGUCGGUAUCAGAAAUAUUUGUCGGCGAAGACUAUUGGAAAACAUUUUUGAUCCUCUUAAGGUCCGCAAUGAAUGGAAAGUACUUAUUGUUGAUAAACUAGCUAUGAGUAUACUGGCUACGUGCUUUAAAACUCAAGAAAUCAUGGCUUGUAACAUUGCUAUUAUAGAAGAAAUGGAGCAAGAGCGCCAAUCUAUACCUUAUCUUUCAGCAAUUUAUAUUUUAACUUCUUCAGAAGAAGUAAUAUGCAAACUUUAUUUAUUUUACAUUCUUUUAAUUAACUGUUGGUAAUGCAUUUCAGAAAUUUAUUGCGUAUGCCUUUAAUAUACUGUGUAUAUCCUUUUUUUUCCCCCGUGACUCUUUU